UUGGGCAAGAUGCAGAUUUCUGUCCAGACCCAGAUGUAGAAGGAAAUGCCCGAGACAACAGCCAAAUGUGGUGUCUGCUCCUUCCCUGGUCCUGUCCGCAUAGGCUCUGGGCUCAGUAGUCAUGGGGUUCUGUGCAGCUUCACAGAGGAACAACUGACCACGCAGUUGUCUGAGUUUCUGUUCCCUGAAAUACUAAGGUCUUUUGUUCUUCCCAGCUUUCCUCCCUGGGCCCCACAGUGCUCCACAGCCCUGCUCUUCCCUUCUGUGCUCACCUGCAGGAGCCCAGGAGCCUCCCUCCACGUCUGACAUGCUGCUGCCUCUGCUGCUGCCCCUGCUGUGGGCAGGGUCUCUGGCUUGGUAUCCGAGAUACAGGCUACACAUGCCAAAGUCGGUGUCGGUGCAGGAGGGUCUGUGUGUCCUCGUGCCCUGCCAGUUCUACUACCACCGCUUUCCCUCCAUGCCUGGCUCUUUCACCGGCUCCUGGUUCCGGGAGGAGUCUGGUUCUCUCCCCAACCCUGUAGUGGCCACAAACAACCCACAACAGCAAGUGCAGAAGGAGACGCAGGACCGGUUCCACCUCCUCUGGGACACACAGACCAGGAACUGCUCCCUGCACAUCAGGGAUGCACAGAGGGCUGAUGGUGGUUUAUACUCCUUUCACAUGAACCCAGGAAGCUCCAGAAGGAAUUUCUAUUGGAAUCAGGUGACUGUGUAUGUCACAGCCCUGUACCACAUCCCCGACAUCCUCAUGCUAGGGACUCUGGAGUCUGGCUGUCCCAACAACCUGACCUGCUCUGUGCCCUGGGCCUGUGAGCAGGGGACGCCUCCCAUUUUCUCCUGGAUGGGUGUCUCUGUGUCCUACCUGGAUUCCACAAUCACCAGCUCCUCGGUGCUCACCCUGAGCCCCCGUCCCCAGGACCACGGCACCAACCUCACCUGUCAGGUGAUGUUCCCUGGAGCUGGCGUGACUGUGGAGAGGACGAUCCAGCUCAACAUCACCUGUGAGAAUUGCACAAGGAAAUCAGGGCCCAUGGCAGAGGUGAUGCUGGUGACCCUUGUGGAGAUGGCUGUCAAGAUCCUGCUUCUCGGGCUCUGCCUCACCUUCCUCAGAAUGAGGUACCAAAGGAAGAAGGUGGAAAGGCCAAACAUAGUCUUGGAUGCUGCCAUGAGUUAAGCUUUCAGCCUCCAGGAUGUGUUCACAGACACAGAAGUCAUUUACUUCCUGAGCGGUCUGAGCUGCCAUGGAUCCUCUUCAGGAGAAAAACUAUCUCAGGGCUGGAGGCCUUGUGUGAGCUGUGCCCUGCUGGACUCUCCUUUUGAGCCCCCUCUCCAUACAUACCCUAUGAAGCUCUCACCACAGCCACCGACCAGGCCUUCUUGGACCCCAGCCUGCCUGGGCCAUUCCUGUCCUGGGACUCCUCCCGCCAUACCUUAUCCCAAGCACUGAUCACACUCCAGGAUCGAGUUACAGUGCUGAUGAAGUAUUCGUGCAUGCAUGUGAUUGUGUGUCUGUGUGCGUGUGUGUUUUUCAGCAUCCCCUACAUUCAGUCCACAGUGUGUGCAUUAAAGUCUUGGAUGAUCUAUGGA